GAGGGUGGGGUGGGGGUCCGUUGCUGAUGCUGGGCAGAUUGCGUUUAUCUCCGCAUCUCUGCUCCGUUACCCUUAAUGCUGCCACUGGAUGGCUGCGCGUCUGUGUUCGACGUGAGAUUAUUUAUUGAGGGCUUCAUCUGAUUUCAAAAAAAGAGAAAAAGCAAACAAACAUGACAGACAGUACGACUUCUGAUCCAUGCUCUGUUCCCAAUCCGACUAUUGUGGACCCGUCGGCUGUGCGAAACGGACAAUGCGCCGCUGCCCAGGAUCCGAACCUACCCAAAAGAGGGAGCCAGGGCGAUCCUUUCAAUAUGGACCGGGACCAGGAGAUGAAAAUCACAGAUAGCGUUGAGGGCCAAGGUCUCUUGGAGAGCAGUAUGCGCCUGAAGCCUCAUGAGGCUCAGAGUUACAGGAAGAAAGCUCUGUGGGUGUCCUGGAUCUCCAUUGUGGUGACGCUCAUCCUGGCUGUGGCAGCUUUCACCGUAUCCUUCAUGAGACACAGUGCAUCAGCUUUUGGAUUUGCUUUUGAUGCGACGUUAGAUGUUCUUUCCUCCAUUAUAGUGCUGUGGCGCUAUAGCAACGCUGCAGCAGUGCACUCUGCCCAUAGAGAAUACAUAGCAUGUGUGAUCCUGGGAGUGAUUUUCAUCUUGUCGUCUUUGUGUAUUUUGGGGAAGGCCAUCCAUGAUCUGGCCACCAAACUUCUUCCUGAAGUGGAUGACUUCCUGUUCAGCGUUUCCAUCGUCAGUGGCCUCAUGUGUGUCAUUCUUGCUGUUGCCAAGUUCAUGCUGGGAAGGGUUUUGACCAGCAGAGCCCUAAUCACUGAUGGCUUCAAUUCUAUGGUUGGAGGCGUCAUGGGCUUUUCCAUCCUUAUUAGUGCUGAGGUGUUUAGACAUUAUCCCACCAUUUGGUACCUUGAUGGAACCACUGGAGUCCUGAUUGGACUCAUCAUUCUAGCUUAUGGGGUCAAGCUAUUAAUUGACAUGGUACCACGAGUAAGACAAACUCGAAACUAUGAGCGCUUUGAGUAAUGCUGGUUUAGAGAGAAAAAGGCAUUGUCUGGAUCCAUCCACUCCUUUCUGCUCCUGCUGCUCUCUCAACACACACAAUACCCAAAUACAUCCAGGAAUAAAAUCUGCUGGCAGCCAAUUCAGCAUCACGUACUUGUAGAAUCAUCACUCCGACCAGGUCCUGAUGUCCUCUUUCACUCAGCACAACAUUUAAGAAGGAAGGAGGAAGGGGAAUGAGCUGCUCAACGGAUCGGUGUCACUCCAGGCACUCAAACAUUUAUCAUCAUGCUUUGGUCACAUCCAUGAAAUUCAUUUCUGUUAUAUUCUAUGUUCUUUGUUUCUUUGUAUCACUAUUUAGCUUUUAAAUUAUGGAAGAAAAACAUUAAUUUAUACUAUAUUAUAUUCUUUGUUUAAUGAAAAAUCAUGUGAAUGUGUAUUUAUAACCACACAACUCUAAUAAUGCAUUUUAGCUCAGUUUUAGAGGUAAUUAUAGCUAUCACUAUGUAAGGUGUGUUUAUAUUUUACUGUACAAUAUUGUAAAUAACCUCUCUGGCUACAGAUCAGCCACAUUUCCAGUGUAGAGGUAAUACACAUUUCAGUGAAGAAAGCACACAGGAAUUUCCAGAGGUAGGCACAAAUAUACUGUAGGCUAAAACCUCUCAGAAACAAAGUUCAGGGUCAGCAAGAAAAUAAUAUGAAAUAUUGAUAUUGGAAAAUAGCUUUAAUGUUAACAGGAAAAGUCCACAAUACAUCAGUGAUCUGUCACACACAUUGAAUCCUUAUGAGUCAAUAGUCAAAUUGACUAACCAGCACAAACCCCCUCAAAAAAGACCUGUAAAGUUUUUUAAAAGAGUGUAGCAGCUUGAACAUCCUGACCGUUGUACCAUUUAUAGCACUACAAACAAUAAAAAAGACAACAACUAAAUUACAAAAAUAUUCCUAAAUCUAUCUACUCGUCUUACUGUAAUUAUUUCGCUUGUAUUUCGUGCUGUGCAAUUCAAUGCAAAAUAUCUUCGUUCAUGUGUUUAGCAGCACUAUUUGUCUUAUUUUAAAUCAAUUAAUCUGAGUGCUGUGUGAUUAUUCACUAAGUUUAACCAGUGAUUUUCUUGGCUUGCACUGCUGUGUCUUUUUGCCACUUACAAUUGAAUUCAUCAGAUAUUCCUUUCGUGCCAAGACAGAAUGAGAUUAGAAUGGCCUGAAGUAUCGUCUGAUGUGGAAAUGAUUGAUUUGAACUCUGGCAGACAGAAUGAAUGAUUGUUGUUUGUGAAGAGAGGGCAGCUUAUUCUACAAUGGAGAGCAAAUCAUUGGAAAAACAAAGCACAUUUAUGUUUUUUACUACACUGUUUGACAAUACUAAUGUAUAAUAUAAUGGGUUUUCACCUUUUUUUUUUUUUUUUUUUCUCCACAGAGAAGCAUAAAUACAAAUGUUUGUCAUUUGUGACCUACAAAUCUACACUACCAUUCAAAAGUUUGGGCUCUGUAAGAUUUUUAUUCAGCAAGAAUGCAUUAAAUUGGUCAGAAGUGACAGUAAAGACUUCUAUAAUAUUACAAAAGAUUUCUGUUUCAAAUAAAUGCUAUCGUUUUGAACAUUCUAUUCAUCAAUUCUCAAAAAAAAAAACAAAAAAAAAAAAACAAUACAACAUUGAUUAGAAAUGUUUCUGGAGCAGCAAAUCAGCAUAUGAGAAUAAUUUCUGAAAUAUCAUGUGACACUGAAGACUGGAGUAAUGAUGCUGAAAAUUCAGUUUUGCCAUCACAGGAAUAAUUAUUUUAAAUUGCAAUAACAUUUCACAAUAUUACUGUUUUUAUUGUAUUUUUGAUCAAACAAAUGCAGCCUUGGUGAGCAUAAGAGACUUUCAAAAACAUAAAAAAAAUUACCAAACCCCCAAAUAUUUGAAUGUUAGUGUAUUUUAAAAUCUUUUCAUUUGAAUAAAAACAUAUCAGCAAAUAUAAAAAUGCCCAUUGAUUUGAAUUAACAUCAAUUUUUCAUUCACACAUUUGACAUGACCUACUUCGUAAGCACAGAAAUGUUUUUUAAAUCUAAAGCUUAGUACAUUAACUCGCAUUUCAGUUGCAGACAACCAAGGUAUUUGAUGUUUUUAAGCAAAUAAGCUUCUGUGGGAGAUGUUUUUACUGUUUUUUGUUUUGUUUUUCACACGCAGGGUUCCUGGUUCAUCUUUUACGUAAUUAUUAUUGAUCAGAAAUCAUAUUUUCUAACUUUUUUAUACAUACCUUAUUGUUGCUUUUGUGUUUUUUGUCUCAUAUAAUUGGGACAUAAAUGUAACUGAAUGUAAAUGACUGUGAUCAGUUCGGUUCACAGCUCAGCUACAGCACACCUACUGAUGUAUCUUACCAAUAUUACCAGACAAUCACGAGUCGACCAAUAACUGCAGCACAGACUCCCAAAGCCUUUUGUGUACUGCUCUAUGUGAUCUCAUCUGAAGAGGGAAACAUUUCAUAUUUUUUGUUCUUUUUAUCAUCAUGGCAAAGUUGUUGUUUUUAUUUAUUAUUGAUUUUUACUCAAGUGGCGUGUUUGUGCCGUAAUGGAAUAGCGUCAUGCUCAUUCCAUAUAUGUAUCAAUAGACGUCCUUGUGUUAUAACUUGAAUUUUUUUUCCUUCAAAUUCAGUGUUCCAAUCCUAUAUAAACUGUACUGACUAGACUGUAUAGCUAUGUGUAUAGACUGCCCAUGGUAACUGAUAUUUCAAUGUGCCGAAUAAUGCUGUAUUAUGUUUACAAAAUUUGGUAUUGAGUACUUAUAAUAAUCAGAUGUCAGGUCACAACUGCCAGAAUAUAGGCAGGUUGAUUAUUAUGAGUCAUUUGCUUUAUUAUUCAUUCUCAUCAGGCAUAUUGUGCUAGUUUGUAAAUCUAAGCAUGUGUUAGGCUGAAACGUACCAUCAGCUGACACGUAGGUAGGAGAACAGUGCUGUCUGUUCAUAUACUUCAGUGGCUGUAGUCGCUUGUGCAUUAGGCCAACUAUAAAGAUCAUCAGGGUCACACAAUGGGAUAAAUUAUUACAUUUGCUUAGUAUAGGUCGUGAUGGUUGUCAUAAAUCAGUCUAUAUUCCAAAGACAAACCGACAGCUAGACCCUGUUUUAGUUGGCUCAGGCCUUGUUUGUACUAAUGCUGUAGUUUAGUCUUAAGCAAUACUCACUGCUCAGUUAAUACUGCUACGCUUUGCAUGAAAACACACAAUGUACCCACAAAAUUCUGCACAAACACACACUGACACACAAGCACACGCAUGCACAAUGCACACACAACACAGUCUGGGCACAUAGACGAGAGGUUCUGAAUGUACAUUUAUUUCAAUAGUAAUACUGAUCUAUAUUUCUGUAGAACAUGUGAAAUAGCUUGACCUAAAGGUUGUACAAAAAUAAAAACUCUUAAGAAAACCUA